AUGCCUCCCAAGCUCUCGAAAAGCGACAAGCAGGAUCGGAUUGUGACUCACCUUCGCGCCACGGGAACCUGUCACACCCUCAAGGAUCUCGAGAAGAGCCUCCCCGCGGUGGCCUCAAUCAACGGCAUUCAGGUCAAAGAGUACCUGCAGGCGCUCACGGACGAGGGCCGACUACGAGUCGAAAAGAUCGGCAGUGGGAACUGGUACUGGAUCUUCGGAAGUGAUGAAAGAAUCCAGCGCGCACAGCAGUUGGCCCGGGUGAAGACAGAGGUGGAGAGGGCCCGCAGCUGCUGGACCGACGUAGUGGCCGCCCUCGCCGCGGAGACCACGCGACGCGAGCAGGAAGCCGACGACCAACGCCGCGAUGCAGAGCGCACGGCGCUGCAGGCCCAGCGAGCCGAGCUCCAGGCAGCGGUCGACCGGCUCCGGCGCACAGAGGCACAGACCGGGCUCGACUCGGUGAGCAGCAAGGGCGUGCUGCAGCUUCGGGAGGAGUUGGCGGGGUUCACGCAGGAAGCGAUGCAAUGGACGGAUGAUAUCUACGUGCUCGAGGAGUAUCUGCGACGGUUGGCGAGUGGGGACCGGGAAGUGGUCGCGGCGGUCCAGCGCGACUGUUAUGGGGACGAAUACGUGGAAGGGGAGGGCCUGCGCGAGCUCUAG